UUGAGUGCUCCUGCUGCAGCGGAGAGAGGGAAGGGAGGAUACAUCAGUGCCACAGAGAGAGAGAGAGAGACUGCUUUCUGCAUCACACCACUCUAUCCUUCAUUUACAUUCCACACGCUGGCUCCUCUGUGGAGAGCCCCUUCUCAGAAAUGCCAAUCACAUUGUUUUGAGGGGGCUGGGUGCCUGGCACGUGCAGAAGAGGUUCCCCAGUCUUCAUUCGACUGACGGCUGAAGUUGCUGCAAAGACAUCAGACUCUGGAUUACAUCAUUUUUUGGGGAUUUGUAGGAAUAAACAAUUUGACUACGUUAUUGUGAGGAAUCUCCAGCGCUGCUUGGUUGUGCUUGAUCCUCCGGACUAAUAACUGCUUGAGAGCUGUGAUCAGAGUGGCAAGGACUCAGCUUCCUCUGCUUUUUUCCUUGUGUGCGUCCUGUGCUGACAGCUGCCUGCCCCGCUCAGGCGCAGAUGUGCUUCUCCCCGGAAAGGUAGGGGACUGAUUUAAGAGGGGGGAUUUUAUGUUCUCUACUGCUGGGGUUUGCUCCGGAGUUGAAGCUAGACUCGUCACCUGACCUCCACAACAGCUUGUAGUGACUGAUUCUCCUCAAGAUACUGUCGCUGCAUGUGCGUGCUUUGGUAAAAGGAGUGCUGUGGACACUAAGGACUAGUGGAUCAUGUUGCUGUUGAUAUGGAAGCCACCUGGCACGGACAUCUCCCCCAUGUCUAUCAGGGGCAGCCAUACUUUGGGCAGCCUUUGCUGAGCUAGGCCCCCAAGGAACUAGCACCCUAAUUGUGCAACCAAGCGCACCCUGAACAAGAUGAACGCAACUGAAUUGAACCAUAGCACAGAACCCUUUUGCCUGCUGGACAUUGGCUACUCACAGAACUUCAGCACCUGCCUGCUGGAAAUAGCUGUUAUUCUCUUCUUGACAGUGCUCAUCAUCUCCGGGAACCUGGUGGUUAUCUUUGUGUUCCACUGUGCCCCGUUACUCAGCCACCAUACCACUAGCUCCUUUAUACAGACUAUGGCAUAUGCAGACUUGCUGGUUGGGGUCAGCUGUCUUAUCCCCUCUUUGUCCCUCCUGCACCAUCUGGAGGGUGUGAAUGAGAAACUCACCUGCAUGGUCUUCAGCUACAUGGUCUGUGUGCUGAAGAGCGUCUCCAUGGCUUCUCUAGCAUGCGUCAGUAUCGACCGUUAUGUUGCCAUCACCCGACCUCUUUCCUACACCGCUCUGGUCACACCCUGCCGUCUUCGCACUUGCAUUACCCUUAUUUGGCUGUACUCGGCACUCAUCUUUUUGCCCUCUUUUUUUGGUUGGGGCAAGCCGGGGUACCACGGUGAUGUAUUUAAAUGUUGCUCUUCCUGGGACACCCAGCCCCUUUUUACAGCAUUUAUUGUCACGGCCCUCUAUGCGCCAGCUGCUUUCACCGUUUGCUUCACCUACGCCCAUAUCUUCCGGAUCUGUCGGCAGCACACUCGGCAGAUCAGCGAGCGGAGAGCUCGCUUUGGCCCACAGGACAAUGAGCCGGGUGAGCAAGCCUGCACAGACAAGCGCUAUGCCACGGUGCUCUUCCGUAUCACCAGUGUGUUCUACCUGCUUUGGCUACCCUACAUCAUUUACUUUUUACUAGAGAGCGCAGGGAUAUACCACCAUGCUAUUGCCUCAUUCAUAACCACAUGGCUGGCAAUUAGCAAUAGUUUUUGCAACUGUCUCAUCUACAGCCUGUCGAAUGCCGCCUUCCGCAAAGGCCUCAAGCGCCUCUGCCUGAUUUGUCUGCAACGUAGUGACAACAAGAAGUCCAUGGGAGAUCCACCAACACCUCCGCGGCCUGCUUGCCAUGUUUAACACCAUAUUUUGGCUAGAUAGUGAGCUUGAUGUUGAUGGCAAGUGUCUUGACAAAUUAAAAGUGGAUACUGAAGAUUUGUUUCGGCAUCUGUGCACUGUCCCAGUUCAAGCCAGGUAUUUUGAAUGGGGGCAAGUUGACAAAGGUCUGUUUUCCGAUAUGUUUUGUUGCAGGAUUACCUGGCAGCAAGAAAUGGACAUUUGACCUUGGUCAUUAAAGAUGAAGUGGGCAGCUACUGUAUGUGAGAGUCUGCCAUUCUCAUCAGUGUUUGCAGAUAUAUGCAGUUAUUGCUACAGUAAUUAAGCAAUGACGAAAGGAGAAAAAUAUUCUGUGAGACGCGAUUGCAAAGUUCUUAGAUUGCAACUAAUAUUGUCUGUAUGCGAAAAGCAUAGUUUUCAUUAGUGACAUCAUUAGUCUCUGUUUCUCCUGUUAACUGGCGCACAUUCGUUUAUAUGUAGGGGAAAAAGAAGGAUCCCUGCUUGACUGAUCUAAAACCUUACAUGUUAUUGACUAGAUGUUAAAAUUAUCUUCUGGACAAAGACUUUGUAAAGAUUAAAAGCAUUUCCAAGGGCUGACCUGGUUUUGAACUCAUGAUUUUAUUAGUUUUUACUAGUAAUAUCUGAUUCUUGCCUCUGAAUUUCUGAGGAUAAUCUGAUUCCUACCAUGCUCUUAGUGGAAGAAUGUGUUUGCUAGAUCAGCAGUGUUUUUUUUUUUUUGUCUCUGAACCAGUGACAAGUCUUGACCUUCAGCAGUCACAAUUGGAAUUUUUAAAAAGCCGUUUUCCCAAAGAACAGAAGUCGACCCCAGCCCGCAAGCAGUGCCACAAUUACAUGCACUUCCCAUUUUCUGCUGAUUUAAAGCCAUGGGGAUUACAUAACCACGCCUCCAGUCGGAGGACAUCAUCCUUGAAAAACGCUGUAAUACAACAACAAACAGAUGACCUAUUUUGACGGACUCAUUUCUAAACCUUGAUCACACUGGAGAUUAACUUUUUACCUGGACCCCACAAGAUCCCUUCACCCCUAGUUUCAACUCUUAUUCUAUAGGCUAAACAUCAUCGUUUGACAAUGACUUGGAGUAUUUUAUUCGAUUCAAUUUGGAUUUAAAUUUGAUUGUAAUGUCUGCUGGACAAAAUGACUCUGAAUGGUUAAGGGGAAUGGGGAACAUCUGUCCAAAUGCACAAUCACACCUAAAAUAUUGUAUAAUGCAGUUAAGCACAACACAGGAACACAUGACCAAAACAGAUGUUAGUUGCUUAAUUCCAUCAUACGGUCCUUAAGAGGAACAAGGCCUUAGCGGUAAAGGUCUCUGAUGUGGUGGACACUUAACGGAUAAAAUGGAGAUCAGAAGAAAUGCUACUGAAACCGAUAUCAAAACUUGCUAUCAGGCAAAUGUUUUUUUUAUAGAGUCCUGCAUGUCCUAAUGAAUCAAAAGCAAACUGUAUCUAGCUGCGCUGUACUAUUUAUCUUUAUGUCAUAGACACAUAUACAUAAUUAAUAUGUGGAGGUGCCAAGAAAAUCGAGGGCAUUGAAAAUCAUGCCCUUUGUCUUUUAUUUCAUGCUGUGACUAUGAUCAUAAAUUCACUAAUUUGGAUGGUACUGUUAAAACUUUUUUUUUUAUACAGAUAGCAUUGUCCUCUUGGCUGACCAAAGUAACAAUAUUUAUUGGUGUUUUCUGAUGGAGUUAUGUAAUAUGUAGAUAGAGGAACUACAAAAUGUAUUAAUUAAUUGUUUUCGAAUGGAUUGAUUGUUUGUAGUAAGAUUAGUAAGUAGUCUACAUUCCUCUUUGUAUUAAAUCUAAUAGUAUUUAUGACCUUUACCUUCUCUUAAAUUGUUUUAGGAGAAUGUUUUACAUUGGAGAUGGUUAUGUAUUGUGGCAUAUUCCCAAAUACUUUUUUUAAAUGACACCAUGGACAAAUGCUCUCAAUUUAUCACCAAAACCAGUAGUAUGACUGUUGGAAAUGGGUCUAGUUUCUAUGCCACGUUACUUCAGUUAAAGACUGAAGACUUGCUUUCAUAAUUAUAAUACUGUGAUGUGAAGAAGUGUAAGUGUUUGGUCAAGACUUUGAUAGGAGACGUAUAAGACUGAACUGCUAUGUCAUGGCAGGGCACUGUGCAAUACUUCCACUCACUAGACAGAGAUGGAGAGCGAGAGAAAACAUAUCACACACAAUAGAAAAAGGGCUUUAUUCUUUCCUAGUGUCCCAGCUUGUUUGUUCAAAUGUAGAUCUUGAUCUUACGGCCUCUGGCCCUGUGCUGUUUUUCAACCAGAGCUGAAAGAAUUUGUGUAUCUCAGUUUGGCCAUUUACCCAUUUACCGUUGCUUUAUUGAUUGCACAUGACCGUGUGCGUACGCACACAUGCAUGGAUGUGUAUGUGCGUUAAACAGAACAAAGGCGCAUGUCUAGUCAAAAAGCUUCUUUUCAUCAUUCGUCUUGAUUGCUUUUUGGACUUUUUAAUGCCCCUGGAGCUCUGGACUCACCCAAGACUGUUUUCUCCCUCUUGUCUUAAGAAAAUAUCCCUGUUUUCAUUUUAUGAAAUGGCCGAGAUUUAACGGUCAUGCGUAAGAAACUGUCUUGCUUGUGAAUUAACCAUUUGGAUUGGUUGAACUUUGAGAAACCGUCCACGUGUUGCUCUAAUUCAGACUGAUUCUAAUGUCUUUUCUCAUUGGUCGCCAGUUAAUUCUGUCUAUAAAAAUGAAAUUGUAGUUGGUUUUUCUACUUAAUUUUCUGUUAAGAUCCGGAUCUUGAAGCAUGUACAUCUGUAUUUUCAGAUAUUGUCUUCUGAGGUUAUUUCUGCUGUCUGAAGGAUAUUGUAAGUUGGAGUGUAUGUAGGUUUUAUGAACUGCUAAUGGAAUUGUAUAUUUUGACAUGAGAAUGGAUUUUGAGGCUCGGACGUUGCCUAAACAGGUGUCAACGUUGCAUGUUUUGCUUCAUAGAUGAUGGUACUUCUGUCAUGGGUAAAGGAAACAUUUCCACUUUUAGGACAUUUUGAUGCCAGAGAGCGUUCAUUUGUUUUUGUUCUCUUUAUGAUGCCAAAGGAUUCUUUUUUUUUUUUUUUUUUCCUGUGGGAAAACUGCUCUGUUCUUGAAAUCAAAGUCAAGGGCUAGCGCUCUCAAGGGAGAAAAUCUCCCAAGAUGUGCCAUAUUAGGACGCAGGAACCAGUCGACCCCUGCCUUCGCAGAAAAUGGAGGGCUGAGCUGGAACAGUGUGUGUGUUUUCUCCCCGCACAAAACACACACACACUCCUCUCGAUACAUUUGUGUCGUCUUUAUUGAGUUUAAUCAUGUAUGUUUUAAAAGUCUGUUAAAUUACGGAGCCCCGGACCUUUAAUAAUUUGCUCAUGAUCUCCGCUUUUAUUCGUUUAACUGGAUAAUUGUUAUUUUUUUGCCUUUCACUGUAAUGCAUUCCAAAUUUAAUUGCAAUUUGCGAGAAAAUAUGAACGCACCACAAAGUCUUUGUGAUAAACAAAAUUUUCUGAACGAAAAUUGAUCUGCUUCUUCAUAAUUUCUUCAGCAUAUCAACGAGUUGAGUUGUCUUGUGUGUAGCUGAGGUACUAAUGUGGUGUACCGCAAAUUUUGUAAUGAUGUCAUGUUUUAGAACAUUAUUGUCAAUAAUAUAUUUAUAUUCUGGUAUAUCUGCACUGAGGAAAUAAAUGUGAACUUAUCUUA